UAAUCAUUUGAGCAACAGGGUUCCUGCUGUGGUCAGAGAUGUUGAUCCUCUUUUUUGGUUCCUUUAGAUGCAUGCAGCGUUGAGGAAGGAAAGCAGCGUAUAAAAGCAUCACCUCUGGGCUUUAUUAAUUCAUACUGUAAAUAUAGAAAUCUAUACCUUUCCCACCUGCUGCUGUCAUCAAACAGACUUAUAAUGCCAUCGCUCAGGCUAUUCUUCUAUAUCAUGGGUUUGGUUGUGGCUUCUGUCACAGCAGAGGGGACAUCAACAAUCCCAGGGUUGGUUGUGGCUUCUGUCACAGCAGAGGAGACAUCAACAAUCCCAGGGUUGGUUGUGGCUUCUGUCACAGCAGAGGAGACAGCAACAAUCCCAGGGUUGUCCACAGAUUCAGCAGACACAACCAAUAACUAUUCCACUUCUGUAAAACCCCUCAACACCACCAGUACCACCAAUAUGACCCUAGCAAACACUACCGAAAAUAACACCGCCACCACCACCACCUACAACACCGUCACAACCAACAACACCACUAUCGCCCCGACCACCAGUAACAGCACCGAGGUCCCCGGCACCAUGACGCCCUCAACAAUGAAAGGUGGCGAUGGAAAAAAAGGUCCAACGACCAUGACCACACAAGCCAUGGUUCCUGAGGAAAAAACGGUCACUACACCAACUCUAAUAAAAAUUCUUACAGAAAUUCCCAAGCCAAAGCCAAAAGUCGCAGCAAGUGAGAAGACUGGCAUUAUCAUCCUAGUUGUGAUUAUCCUUUUUGCUGUUGUAUUUGGAGUUGCCUGCUACUGCGCACGGAGAAGACAAAGGCGCCAAUCUGUCGAUUUCACUUCCAGACCAGAUGAUGCUAACAUCCCUUUCAGCACGUUUGAUGUUGAUGCUGGACCUCACAACGGUCUGCAAACCUUUGAAAGUACAGAAAGUACUACCAAAGAGCUGCAAAAACCAGAGGCUAAGCCUGAAGUACAGGAGGAGCAGACAGCUGAAGCUGAUAAAUCUGUUGAUGAUCCCGGCGAGACUGCAGCUCUGGUUCCUCCUCCAGGCAGCGCUGAGGACAAACCCAAAGAGGAAGCUGUUGAGCAGAGUCCCCCUCCACCUGUGGAGCUGAGUGUGGAGGAGAAAACUGAUGACGAGGGCGUCGUCUCCAACAAGACCUCUGUGGAAUCGCUGAAGGAGACAAAUGAGAACAACAGCAACAGUGCUGACUUCAGUCAGAAGAAAGAUUUGAAGAGAAACAACAUCGUCUGGGACAUUCCUCUCGAGUGUCCGGUGUGAGAUAUCCACCUCUCUGACCAUGUGCCGUUCUUCAGGAAAUCGAUUGACGCAGUGGCCGCAGAGGAAAAGGACAUGUCGUUAAAACAUCUUAUUGGCUGUCAUCUCCUCCUUACACUCACAUUUAUUUUUUACAGAGCAGCUUUUUCAAAGUAAGUAGCAGCUGAGCUCAGCUUUUUGAGUGUUUUACUGAUAGCUGAAUUUCUGUAUAUUACAAAAGGUCAACAUUUACUAGAUGUAUCUUGGGUAAAAAAUAUUUACCAUUUAUAAACAGAAAACAAGUGGUUGAUAACAAUAUGAUGUUAUGGUAAUGGAUUUAAUGCCCCUAUUACUGCUAACAGCAACAGUAUCCAGCCAGCGUUAGAAAUCUUAUUAAAUCAGUGUUAUCUACUUAUAAAUACCAAAAAGGAAAGUAAACUGUUACUGGUACAACUUCACAAUAUGGUACAAAUUGUUUUUAUGGUGUUAUUAGUGAUUAUGAAUAGUUUUAAAUAUUGUAUUGUAAAUAAAUAAAUGCUGUUAUAAUUCAAUGUAAGUGUAAAUACAAGCCUUGGCAUAUUGUAUUCACUGCCAGCUCCUUAGCCAAAGACUUCUUUAGUGUGGACUUUUUUUUCUCAAAAUAACUUUUGGUAUGUAUUCAUAAAGUAUAUAUAAAUAAUAACAAUAUAAAAGUACAUAAAGAAGACGUGUUGAGGACUUUCAUAUUUAAAUAUAGUUAAUAAUGUUCUUGAAUCAACUUAAUAUGUUAUUUUUGUAGAUGCUAUAUUUUGCUUUUCCAUGGCAUUCUAAUUGAAUUGUAUUAAAGUUUUCAUUGUCUUGAAACAUUUCUGAAAUGUUCAUGUCCUUUGAAUGUAUUAAAGAAAAGUAUUUUAAAUGUC